GCUGAUCUUUUCUAACAUCUACAAAUUGUUUGGACUUUUGUUGAUCCAUAGCUUCUAUAGAUAGAUCUACUCUCCAGCAUUAAUAAGGCUCCUUCUUGCCCAGACCAGCUUUCAUUCACUCCAACUCAGAUCUCUCAACAUCCUCAGCUACCUAUCAGUCAAUCAAUCUUACAACCUCGCCUCAUCAUGCAUCCUAGAAUUCUUCUCGCGACUCUAGCCGUCUUCAUUCCCGCAGCUAUCGCCGAGGAACUCAAUGCAGAUGAUGUACCCACCGCCUGCGAGACAAUCUGCCAACCCAUCGUCAAUCUCACCAACGCAUGCGACAUCGACCCCAAAGGAACCGAAAAGCAUAGCGACAGGAGAAGAGACCUCGUCAUCGUUGAUCACGGCGACGACGACGAACCCAUCGAGGCAGCCUGUAUCUGUACAAACAAAAGUUUCGACGUCGCUGGCGUGAUGGGGCUUUGCGCGAGUUGUAUGGCUCAAAACAGCAAAGACACAGAAGAUAUCGAUAAAAUCAUGUCGCAAUGCUCCUUUUCGUCAACCUCUUACGUUCGCGCAGCAACGAGUGUACUCUCAGGCAUCGAGGUUCAGGCUACCAAACCGGCUGCAACAGUAGCUUCUGGGGCUACAACCACUGCUGCCGCGACGACUGCCACAGAAACAGCUGGCAACAGCGCUGGGAAGAUGACGGGUUCCAUCAUGGCGGUUACUUGGGUCACUUUGACGUUAUUAUUUAUCCUGUAGAUUUACAAAUUCCC